AUGGCAAUGGAAAACGGAGCUGGCAGACUGGAACACAUGCUAGUCAUUGAGCACCCCGCCUUAUUAUCGAAGUCGUACGAAGAGAAGACGGACCUGGUCCUGCUGAGCUGGAUACUCCUUCUUUUUCGCGAUAGUGGGCUCAGCGAGAGCGGCAAGUUUUCAGGCGAAAUUGAGCUACAGGGGGAUGCCAUUGCAUCGCAAAGGGCGCAAAUCUCUGGUAGUGUGGGUGACGUUAUUUCUGAUGACACAGAAUUGAUAUCACAAGUCCUCGAAAGGAUUCGAAGCGUACGAAGCUGUAAGGCAGUUAACAAUAGUGAAGAAAAAGAGGGAAGCCGUUGCGGCUACUUUUCUAAUGCGUCAGAAGACACCAAUGAAAUGUUUUGUAUAAAAGCAGACCUAAAGGACGAGCGAGUUCUGAUACAACUGGCACAAUGCCCCCCUCUCUUAUCUCAAUCUAUGAGGGAGACAUAUACAGAUUCGCUUGCCAAUAUUCUGAAGUCAGUAAUGUCGGAUUCAACUCAAACAGUUGCACAAGCAAUCGAGGUGACCCCUAAGGAACUCGAAAAGAUUUGGCAAUGGAACGAUCCGAUCCCAUCACCCAAUGAGACACUCAUGCACGAAAUUUUCGUGGAAAAUGCAGUCAAGCAUCCGAAUAAGCCGGCUGUAGUCUCAUGGGAUGGGCAGCUUUCGUACGGAGAGGUCAAUGCACUUUCCACCCAGCUUGCUAUCCAGUUACUAGAAAAUGGCGUGCAGGUUGGCGAGCCAAUUUUACUCUGUUUUGAAAAAUGCAGAUGGACGGUCGUUGCUGUACUUGCAGUGAUGAAAGCUGGUGGGGCGCUUGUUCUUACUGACCCAAGCCAGCCGCUCGCGCGAUUGCAAACGAUAGCAACGGAAGUCAAUGCGAGGAUUGCUUUAACCUCAAAAGAACAAGCCAGCCUGGGUGCCACUGUUGCCCCUAAUGCCAUAGUGCUAAGCGUCGGCCAGGAUCUCCUCCAGAAUGUUAACUUCUCGUCUGCUUCACCAAAUCGCCUACCAAAAAUCCCGGGAUCUUCAACUUUAUACAUUAUAUUCACGUCAGGUAGCACGGGAAAGCCGAAAGGUGUAGUGAUAUCUCACACAAACUACACAAGUGGUGCAAUACCUCGCGCGGCAGCGGUGGGUUAUACUCCUGAUUCUCGCGUUCUUGACUUCCCAUCAUACACAUUUGAUGUUAGCAUUGAUUGUAUGCUUUGCACUCUGGCAAAUAGCGGCUGCAUCUGCGUUCCUUCUGAAGACCAGCGAGUCAAUGACCUUGACGGUGCCAUCAAGGGUAUGAACGUAAACAUAGGUCUCUUGACUCCGUCUGUUGCUCGAGUACUGGAUCCCGAUAUCAUGGCAUCCCUAGAUGUUCUUGGGCUUGGAGGAGAAGCAGUUUCUGCCAGAGACGCAACGCAGUUUGGCCAGAAGACAAAAAUCAUCAUUGCUUAUGGACCAUCGGAGUGCACCGUAGGCUGUACUCUUGACAGCGAGGUGGGCAUUGAUUGUGCUUACACAACAAUCGGAAAAGGAGUUGGGUGCGCCACAUGGAUUGUUGACCCAAAAAAUCAAAAUCGUUUAAUGCCGCUGGGGGCAGUGGGGGAGCUCCUAAUUGAAGGCCCAAUUGUCGGAGAUGGCUAUCUGAACAAUCCUGAACAAACAUCAACGGUGUUCAUUGAAAGUCCUCCAUGGCUUACUGCCGGAGCUCCAAAUGUGCCCGGACGAAGCGGACGGCUUUAUAAAACAGGAGAUCUUGUAAAAUAUGCCCCUGAUGGAUCUGGAUCAAUAGUUUUUGUGGGACGGGCGGACCAACAAGUAAAAUUACGCGGUCAAAGAGUCGAGCUGGGUGAAAUCGAGUUUCAUCUCCGGAGUAAGCUUCCUUCAGAUACCAUGUCUGCUGUUGAGGUUAUCACACCAGGGGGCAACAAGGAGAGCGCAAUGCUAGUUGCCUUCAUUGCAGAGAAAGGCAAAGGCAUCGCCCAAGAAACAAAUGGAGCUGUUUCCUCAUUCUCUGCAGAACUGCAGCACACCCUUGCUACCAUUCAAAAUGAUCUUGCCGCUGUACUUCCACGAUAUAUGGUCCCCGCAACUUACAUUCCACUCCAAAAAAUACCCCUUCUAAUAUCCGGGAAGACAGAUCGAAAGAAACUGCGAACUACUGGGUCGUCAAUGUCACGAAAGGAACUUGCGGACCUCAAGAUAGCUCCUGCAAAGAAACUUAUACCCUUGACCGAUUUGGAACGCAGUUUACAGCAACUGUGGAUGAAAAUUCUGGGCGAAGAGAUAGACAUUAAUGGCCAUGACAACUUUUUCGAUGUGGGAGGAGAUUCCCUUAGAGCGAUGAAGCUUGUGGCAGCAGCCCGAUUAAAGGGAUUAGGUAUAACAGUAGCGGAUAUUUUUCAACAUCCGACACUGUCUGAAAUGGCCAUGGUGCUGCGGCAGAUUAAUACUGACAAUCAUGUGGAUAUUUCUACAUUUUCCCUCCUCUCGGGCUGGAAAGAAACAGAUGCCCGAAAUGAGGUAGGGAAACUUUGCGGCAUUGAUCCGUCGUCCAUUGAGGAUAUAUAUCCUUGCACACCGCUUCAAGAAGGCUUUAUGGCUCUUUCUGCCAAAAUUAGCGAAGCGUAUGUUGCUCAGAGGGUGGUUGAAAUUGCAGACGUCACAAAGGCCGUCAAAGUGAAGGCGGCAUUUGCCACUUGCAUUGCCGAAUGCCCAAUCCUGCGUACUAGGAUUAUACAGGUGCCGCGUCGAGGUUUAAUGCAAGUCCUAAUCAGCGAUGAGAUGUCAUGGUACUCAGGUAAUGACUUGCAAAGUUACCUUCAACAGGAUAGAGAAUCCCCAAUGGGUCUAGGUACAGCCUUGGCUCGCUUUGCUCUCAUAGAAGACCAAAAUACGGCGAAGGCACACAUCGUGCUGACGAUUCACCAUGCAGUAUAUGAUGGCUGGUCCAUGCCUCUUGUUGUUGAGCGUGUCAACCGGGCAUACCAUGGCCUGAAGACGGAACGUUCUGCUCUUUUUAAAUCAUUUAUAAAGUAUCUGGGAGAUAUGGACCGGGGAACCACAGAGGAAUACUGGAAAGAACAAUUACACGGGGCAACUAGCUUGCAAUUUCCAGUACUUCCGGAACCAGGAUACCAAGCCCAAGCGGAAUCUCUCUUGGAACACUACGUGGCGAUCACAAAACGGUCAUCUUCGAAUACAAGCCUAGCAACAGCACUUCGAGGGGCGUGGGCAUUAGUAGCAUCAGAGUAUACGUUGACUGAUGACGUCGUAUUUGGUGAGACUUUAACCGGUAGAAACGCUCCAAUUGAAGGCGUUGAAGAGAUUGAGGGACCCAUGAUCACGACUGUCCCAACUCGAGUCCGUGUGGACAGAAAUAUGCGUGUCUCAAACUACCUAAAGGCGAUACAAGACCAAGGAAUCUCUCAGAUUCCGCAUGAACACCUAGGUUUGCAACAUAUUCGCCGACUGACCCCGGACGCUCGUGAGGCUUGCGAGCUAAGGACCGGCUUGGUCAUACAUCCUGCGAGAGACCCCGAAGAUCUCGGCGAAAAUGAGGACAAUGCUGCCAACGGCUUUGUCCCGGUUGGGGAUAAAGAAGCUGCAAGUGAGGCGUUGAAGUUCAACUCUUAUCCUCUGAUGUUGGUUUGCUCGCUUGAUCGGCAGGGAUUUCUGGUUAUGGCAAGCUUUGAUUCCAAGGCUGUCGAUGUAGCUCAGAUGACCAAGAUUCUAGAAAAGUUCGGAAGUGUAGUCCAACAAUUUUGUGAAAACCCAAACGGGGCUGUUGGUGAUGCUUUACAGGCAGCAGGGGAGGAUGUCGCCGAUUUAACCCGGAUGAGCACUGUGGGACCGAUUAGUUUGAAGUAUGGUAAAAGCACUCCACUGGCGAAAGACCUCUCGAACGCUACAGCAACAUGGAUUGUCCAUCCGACAAAUCCAGACCAUCCCCUCCCAAUUGGUGCCGUGGGUGAACUCUUAGUCGAGGGGCCUGUCACGGCCUCUCAAUCUCCCACCGAUGCUCCCCGGUGGCUUAUUGAAAAAGGCUCCAGUAAACAGCUCUACAAGACUGGGCAGCUUGCAAAAUACCAAACCGAUGGGGCUAUCAUAUUCGUCCACGAAACAAAGUCCGGAAAUUCCAAGGAAAAGUCUUCGAAGGCAUCGCAUGUACCAAAGCAAACAACGAGUCUAUUGGUGAGAGAGGAGAAACUGUUACAGCUGUGGAGCCGUGUACUUGGGUUAAGUGAAAACGAGAUCGAUGCAACCGACAGUUUCUUUGAUCUGGGCGGCGAUUCCAUCAGUGCUAUGAAGCUGGUAUCUGAAGCGAGAAUGGAAGGUUUCACAAUUAAUGUAGCCCAAAUAUUUAAGCACAAACGCUUACGCGAUCUGGCAAGCAUUCUUCAAGAAUCACAGCCACUAAAGACACAGACAGUGAAGGAAGACAUUCCGUUUUCGUUGCUCGGUUCCAAAGAUCUCAGCGCGUUUAUUACCAGCGCCCUUCAACCGAAACUCAGCGAUCAGUCUUGGGAAAUUAUUGAAGUUAUGCCAGCACGUCCUCUCCAGACUGUUGCUAUCGAGGGAACAUUCCAACUUCCGAGAUAUUCUUCGCGAUAUGAGCUAUUUUAUUUCGACACGGCCGUCGAUGAGACUCGCUUAUUUGAAAGUUGUCAAGAGUUAGUGGCAAGAAAUGAGAUACUUCGAACGGUUUUCGUCGAAUUUACCGGACGAUAUUACAGCGUAGUUUUGAAAAGGGUGGAUGUCUCAAUAGAGAUCCAUGACACUGAAAAUGAUGUCGAAACAUUUUCACGUGAGCUCUGCAACACUGAUAUCGAAAAGGAUAUCCCGCUAGGCUCGUCAUUUGUAAAAUUCUUGUUCGUUAGGUGCACCGAUGGACGAAGUUGCUUGAUUUUGCAAAUUUCCCACGCACAGUAUGACGAGAUAUGCCUUCCUAUUCUUCUUCGGCAGUUGUCCGCCCUGUAUGAGAAAACCGAAGUGCCUCGGGCACUUCCAUUUUCCUCAUACGUACACCACGUCGUGAAGGAAAAUAUCCCACAAAGUAUUCAAUAUUGGAGGGACCUUUUAAAAGGCUCAUCCUUAACGACGCUGCGACCAGAAGCCCCUUUGCAGUCGAAAGUGUCAGCAGCAGUAAUCCGGACAUUCGACAUAUCUGCCCGUUCUAAGGAUAUUACCGUUGCUACCCUACCUACAGCCGCCUGGGCUCUAUGUCUAGCCAAACGUCUAUGCAUUCGCGACGUGACUUUUGGAGAAGUGGUGAGUGGCCGAAAUAUUGAUUUUCCGAACAGCAACAUUGUGAUGGGCCCAUGCUGGCAGUAUGUUCCAGUCCGCGUCAAAUUUGAGGUUGGUUGGACAGCAAUGGAUCUACUUCAGUUCGUGCAACGGCAACAUAUUACCAGUACGCGAUUUGAAGGAAUGGGCUUGUCGGAAAUUGUCGAGAAUUGUACGGAAUGGCCAAAAACGGUGGAUUGGUUUGACUCUGUAGUGCAUCAAGAUGUUGAGCACGUUGAAACCUUGGGAUUUUCGUCUGCAACAAGUCGAAUGGAGACAAUAUACCCUCAUGCAGAGCCAUUGCGCGAAUGGAAGAUCCAAGCUUUCUUGAAGAACAACGAGUUAAGUAUAGAGAUUGUGACGUUUGAAUCCUGGCUGGAAUGUGCGUCCACCCUGCUGGAUGAUAUCGAGAAGAUCCUGGGUCAGUUGUUGAGAGAGCCGCAUUCACCCGUGUUUGAGAACUAG